AAAUGCUGUCACUUUUCUCUGAUACAUACAGUAACUUUCAUACAGAUAUUUUCACAUUCUAAAACUAGAAAGUUUGAGAAAUGUACAGCAGCAAUCACUUUUCUCUGAUAUAUACAGGAACGUCUUCACAUUCUAAAACUACAAAAUUUUAAAAUGUACAGCAGUCUCACUUUAAAUGAGUGCCUAAUUAAAUGGUUCUUACACGAAUAAAAAGAAACCGGAGAAAGAACGGUCCGAAACCCGGUUUAAGAACAAGACCGAAACGAGUAAAGAAUCAAACAGUGACAAUUUACAAAACCCUCGCCCCCAAAUAGAAGACCCUUCCUUUUCCACCGUCGACGAUUUUGAAAAGGCGGUAGCGGCGACGGCGACGGCGAUGGCGGAUCUCUUCCCACCUCUCGUGACGGCACAAAUCGACGGAAAGCCUCCUAAAGCCGAUGAGAAAGUUGAUUACUCGAAUCUCCCGUGCCCUGCUCCUUAUGACGAACUCCACCGUGAAGCUUACAUGUCUUUAAAGUCUGAAACUUUUGAGGGUUUACGUUUUGACUUUUCCAAAGGGUUGAAUCAAAGGUUUUCUCUCAGCCACAGUGUAAUGAUGGGGCCAACCGAAGUUCCUUCUCAGUCACCUGACACAACGAUCAAAAUUCCAACAGCCCAUUAUGAGUUUGGUGCCAAUUACUUUGACCCAAAGUUGAUGCUUGUUGGAAGGGUUAUGACUGAUGGUAGACUCAAUGCAAGACUGAAAGCUGAUUUAAGUGAUAAGUUGAUCUUAAAGGCCAAUGCUCAACUGACAGGUGAGCCACAUAUGUCACAUGCGGUCUUCAACUUUGACUACAUGGGAAAAGACUACAGAGCCCAACUUCAACUUGGGAACAGUGCUCUAGUUGGAGCAACCUAUAUUCAGAGUGUGACACCCCGUCUAUCAUUGGGUGGGGAAGUUUUCUGGGCUGGUGUGCCAAGGAAGUCGGGUAUAGGUUACGCUGCAAGAUACGAAACUGAUCAGAUGGUCGCCUCUGCGCAAGUUGCUAGCACUGGUAAUGUAGUUAUGAACUAUGUUCAGAAGAUUUCCGAGAAGGUUUCACUCGCCACCGAUUUUGUGUACAACUACUUUUCAAGAGAUGUUGUAGCUAGUGUUGGGUAUGACUACCUUCUCAGACAGUCUCGUGUGAGGGGGAAGAUUGAUUCCAACGGAGUUACAUCAGCUCUCCUGGAAGAAAGGUUGAGUAUGGGACUUAAUUUUCUUCUGUCUGCAGAGGGUUUUUUUUUCUCACAGGUUGACCAUAAGAAGAAAGACUACAAGUUUGGAUUUGGUUUAACAGUCGGCUAAGAAAAGAAGCAGCAGCACGCAAUAAAGCACUGGCUCUAUACACGCAGCGCAGAUUGCAGCGGUUCAGCGGAGGGACUCGGUUUAAAUUUAUUAUUAUUUGUAUUUCCCUCCCAAAAUUUCAGUUUAGGCUUUUAUGAACAAAAUCAUAAGGAAGAAUGUUUGUGUUGUUUAUUUUCUCAGUUUAGGAUUUCUCUCAAAGGCAUCCAUUAAGAAAAAAGAAGUUUUGUUUUUACUUUUUUUUUUCUUUUAAUACCAGUAUCUUUAACUCA